AUGAAAAGGGAAAAACAGAGGACACAACUUAUCAGCGUACAGAGGAGGGGACUGCUACGGGUGGCGUCAGCUUACCGAACGGUGUCUUCGGAGGCGGCUCAGGUCAUUGCCGCUUUUCCGCCAAUCGACCUGAUGGUCGCAGAAGCGUGUUUUUUAUUUAAGAUUGGCACUAGAUUGCCGGGAAACAGGAAUAUGGCACGGAAAAGAACCUUGAGAAUGUGGCAGAAGAGAUGGGAGGAGGGGAAAACUGAAAGCGAUUUGUGCGAACUGUGCCAGGUCCCGGACAGUCCGGAACACGUAUACGCCGUGUGCCUGAGAUUUAAAUCGGAAAGACAUAAAGUGAAGUUGGAGAUGGGGAGGCUUCCGGACGUGAUGGAACUCGUAGAAACAAUGACAGCAAACAAGGACAAGUGGAAUAUUAUGUACGAGUACAUUACAAGUAUUAUGAGGAGAAAGGAAGAAGAAGAUAGGCGCAGACAGCAGGAGGAAAGAUGA